UGUAACUAUCAUAUUGCUCAGUCUGUUGCAGCUUGAGUCACUGCACGGUCAGACACCGUGCCUUUGUCAGUUUUAUUCGGAAGAACUGUUAUUAGGACUUGACAAACCAGAUCCAGCGCCUGCUGUGGAAUAAGGCACAAUGUCACUGACUGGCUGGGUGUGUGUAGUAACAGGUGCCUCCAGAGGUAUUGGCAGAGGAAUAGCUCUCCAGCUGUCUGAGGCUGGAGCCACUGUCUACAUCACAGGGCGUCAGGAGAAGACUCUGAAUCAAACAGCAGCACAGGUAAAAGAGAGGGGUGGAAACUGUGUGCCAGUUAUCUGUGAUUCUACAAAAGACAAAGACAUCGAAGAACUGUUUGAGCGGAUCAAACGUGAACAGAAUGGCAGGCUGGAUAUGCUAGUUAACAAUGCCUAUGCUGGAGUACAGGGUAUCUUCAAUAAUAUGGGUAAGAAGUUCUGGGAAACUGAUCCGUCCAUUUGGGAUUCCAUCAACAACACAGGCCUCAGGGGACACUAUUUCUUCUCAGUUUAUGCAUCCCGAAUGAUGGUGGCUCAAGGUCAGGGUUUGAUAGUCACCAUUUCAUCUAUGGGGGGAUUGCGCUACCUCUUCAAUGUGCCAUAUGGUGUUGGUAAAGCUGCAUGUGACAGACUGGCAGCUGAUAUGGCUGUUGAGCUAAAAAGCAGAGGAGUGGUUUCUGUCAGUCUGUGGCCCGGAGCAGUACAAACAGAGCUCGUGUCUCAGCUCAUAGUGGAGAAGGAUACACCGCAAGGUGUAGAUCCUAAGUUUAAGGAUAUAUUUGCCAACGGAGAAUCCACAGAAGUGAGCGGCAAGUGCAUUGUCGGCCUGGCAAAAGAUAAAAAUCUGAUGUCACUGACUGGCAAAGUGCUCAUGACCUGUGACCUGGCAAGACGCUAUGGGAUACGAGAUAUUGAUGGACGGAGUGUAACUGAUUACACUUCCCUCAAAUUCCUCCUGACUCAAGUCCCAUAUCUCUCCUGGCUGUCAGCUUUUGUCCCUUCAUUCAUACACCUGCCACGCUUUGUCCUCAACAUGGCAAAUAACCGAUUCUAAACAUUUCAUCUAUCAGUACUGAAGUAGCAUAUCUACAUCUACAUCUAACUUCAGGGUCUGAAUUCUAGCUAAACCUAUAGUUGGCAUGUCGGUGGAGGUUAAGGUGAAUAAGUGUGACAAGAAAACAUUUUAUACUGACGAAGAUGAAAGAGUAUUGUUUAAGCUACUGUAAAUAGACAUCCAUUUCUAAUUGGGAAUUUGAUAAGCGCCUUUCUGUGAAGUAAACAGGGUAAACAUGAAGGAUGCUCUAGCAUAUUUUCGGUAUUUAAUAUUAACACAAAUGUCUGCUGAGGGUGAAGCCACAGCAAUGGGAAACUUUUUAAUGAAGCAAUAUACAAAAUCUUAUCUACUAAUAAAUAUGACACAUUUUAGAAGCAUGUAAAUGUUUGACUAUUUUUGCAAUUAUUUUUGCAUUUGUUUGUUAUAUCUAUAUUUAAUGUAUACACACAACACCACUACCGCUUCUGUAUUCAACUUUCUAAUGUAUAACUGGCUGAAUAAAGAAAUUUACUGCUACACAAAAAUUA